UUACUCUCCCUCUCUUGACAUUUUCGAUAUCGUUCUAAAUUCCAAAUAUUUGGUUUGAUAGUUCAGCGAUGGCGGAGUGCCCCACAGCGGUGAUACUAGCGGCUUUCCUGUUGUCCUCAGGAUUUCACAUCUUCACCAGGUCCUACGAGAAGGUCGAGGGCUGCGGAUGUGUUACCCUCUCCUCUAUACUCUUCCUGACUGCAGUGUUCGCUUGGGUCUCGGCGACCAAUAUCAACAUCUUCCGUUGCAGGUUACCGGAGAAAUACAAUUUCUUCUACGAGUUCAUCAUCUCGAUGUUCAUCUUCGAGAUGGCGCUGCGGCUGUUCUGGGAGCCCCUGGAGUGCUUUCUGUCCACUACACUCCCGUCAGCCCUGGAGUCCUGGCUGAUGGGGGACGGAGAAUGUUGCUUCCUGGGGCUCUACUGCCCAGGAGAUUCGCUCUUGUUCGUUCUACUCGUCUACGCCACAGCGUUGUCGUUCGUCUGGUCUGUACUCUACGGCUACGGAGUUUUGAGCGUCAAACUUUAAUGAGCUGUUGGAAACAAUUGUAUAUUUUGAAUAAUUGGGUGAAUAAAUGCUCUUAGUAACUAUU